AUGUCCGACGGUCCCUCAAUUGUUCUUCCCGGCCGCCCGAAGGUCCGGAGAGUGAGUUCUCACGAUGCUCAACUCAACGCACUCAAUCUGCGCUCGCCUACGGUCAUUGUGCCUCCACAAUAUCUCAUGGCACCCAGUGAUGCCAACGAAACGGCCGCUGCCAUGGAGCUGGCGAGACACGAAAUCGAAGACGACGCAUCAGAAGAAUCCUCACCCUCGACGCCUCCAACGACAUCAGUGACGGACAAGUUCGCAUUCGCCUUUGAUAUCGAUGGUGUCCUGAUCCGCGGCGGUCGACCAAUUCCCGAAGCCGUUGAAGCCAUGCAGGUGUUGAACGGCAAGAACGAGUAUGGCAUCAAGAUUCCAUACAUCUUUGUGACCAAUGGUGGUGGCAAGACUGAAGAAGAGCGUUGCGUCCAGCUUAGCCAGCAGCUGGACAUUGAGAUUUCUCCUGGACAAUUCAUUUGUGGUCACACGCCCAUGAGGGAGAUGGCGGAGAAGUACAAGACCGUUCUCGUCAUUGGAGGCGAAGGCGAAAAGUGCAGACAGGUUGCAGAGGGAUAUGGCUUCAAGGAUGUCGUCACCCCUGGCGACAUUAUCAAGGAUAACCCUGACACCACGCCAUUCCGAAAACUUACCGAUGAAGAGAUCCAAAAUUCCCGAAAAAGGAAUUUCAAGGAGACUUCGAUCGAAGCCAUCUUUGUCUUUGCUGACAGCAGAGAUUGGGCGGGAGACCAGCAGAUCAUUCUCGACCUGCUCAUGUCCAAGAAUGGCUACCUUGGCACCCGCUCCGCGACUUUCGAUGAGGGCCCACCAAUCUUCUUCUCUCACAACGACAUUGUGUGGUCCGCUUCUCACGAUUUGACUCGUCUGGGUAUGGGUGCUCUCCGUCUGUCUCUCGAAGCCAUGUUCAAAGCCGUCACCGGCAAGGAGCUUGUCACAGUGGCAUAUGGAAAGCCUCAGAUUGGAACAUUCGAAUUUGCUACCAGACUGCUCAAGCAAUGGCGGAAAGCUACACAUGGUAUCAACGAGCCUCCAGAGACUGUAUACUUUGUUGGAGAUACACCAGAGUCUGACAUUCGUGGUACCAACGAAUACAACAAGCACUCGGACAACCGAUGGUAUUCCAUCUUGGUUGAGACUGGUGUAUAUCAGCCCGGCACAACACCAAAGUUCACACCCAACGCAACUGUGCCGAAUGUUCUCGGUGCAGUGCGCCAUGGCAUUGAGCGCGAGAACCAGCGUCAGCAGAAGCUCAAAUUCCAGCAGGAGCUCAACACUACAGGUGGAAAAUUGCAAGAAUUCGCAUUGCUUUCCCCUACCCCAGGCGUCGAGAAGGGCAACCCGCUUGACGCGGCCGCCUAG